UGCCGGGGGAGCGAACUUCUUCCCGGACGCAGGGGACUGAACUUGGGCAGAACGCCUUGGAGCGGCCCAAGGCAGGGGCAGCGAGGGCCGGGCUGAGGCGUCUGAGGCCUGCCUGGGGAACAGACAGCGGCCGCCGCGGGUCGGGGAGGGAGCCCCGAGGAAAGGUGGGAGCAGAACUCGGGGGCGAACGCCGGGAGCCGCGUUCGCGAAUUCACGCAGCCGCAGGUCUCCGUUUCUUUUGGGGCAGGCGGGAGCAAGUGGCCUGUCAGCUCUAGGGGACCAGCCGAGCCCACUAUUCCCUAAGACUGCCGGCGCCCUCAGCACCUGUCCAGGGCUCCUGGACCCAGGGCGCCAGGGAAGGCUGUGGUCAUGGGCAAUGAAGAUUUCAAGGCGGAGGAGGGCGAUGGCGCUUGUGCACAAGAGUCUGCACCCCACGCAGACCCCAGCGACUCGGCCCACCCCAGCAUGUCGGCCCAUCCUAGCGCGUCUGUACACCUCAGCGUCUCGGCCCACCCCAGCAUCUCGACCCACCCCAGCGUGUCGGCCCAUCCCAGCGUCUCCAUCCACCCCAGCGUCUCCAUCCACCCGAGCGUCUCCAUCCACCCCAGCGUCUCGGCCUACCCCAGUGCCUUGGCCCGCCCCAGUGCCCUGUCCCAUCCCAGUGGCUCUGGCCCAGAAGACCUCAGCGUGAUCAAGGUGAGCAAGCGCCGCUGGGCCGUGGUCCUGGUGUUCAGCUGCUACUCCAUGUGCAACGCCUUCCAGUGGAUCCAGUACGGCUCCAUCAAUAACAUCUUCAUGCACUUCUAUGGGGUCAGUGCCUUUGCCAUCGACUGGCUGUCCAUGUGUUACAUGUUGACCUACAUCCCCCUGCUCCUGCCAGUGGCCUGGCUGCUGGAGAAAUUCGGCCUGCGCACCAUCGCUCUCACCGGCUCAGCUCUCAACUGCUUGGGUGCCUGGGUGAAGUUGGGCAGCCUGCAGCCGCAUCUCUUCCCAGUCACCAUACUGGGCCAGGUCAUCUGCUCGGUGGCCCAGGUCUUCAUCCUGGGCAUGCCCUCCCGCAUCGCUUCUGUCUGGUUCGGGGCUAGUGAAGUUUCAACAGCCUGCUCGGUGGCUGUCUUUGGCAAUCAGCUUGGAAUUGCAAUUGGGUUCUUGGUUCCUCCUGUUUUGGUACCCAACAUCGAAGACCGGGACAAGCUUGCCUACCACAUCAGCAUUAUGUUCUACAUAAUAGGAGGUGUGGCCACUCUGCUUUUCAUCCUUGUCAUAAUUGUGUUUAAGGAGAAGCCUAAAUAUCCCCCCAGCAGGGCCCAGUCCUUGAGCUAUGCCUUGGCAUCCCCUGAUGCUUCAUAUUUAAGUUCCAUCGCCCGGCUCUUCAAAAACCUCAACUUCGUGCUGCUUCUCGUCACCUACGGUCUGAACGCUGGUGCUUUUUAUGCCUUGUCCACUCUACUGAAUCGCAUGGUGAUCUUGCACUACCCGGGAGAAGAAGUCAAUGCUGGAAGAAUUGGACUGACCAUCAUUCUUGCAGGCAUGCUUGGGGCUAUGAUCUCAGGCAUCUGGCUGGAUAGAUCCAAAACCUACAAGGAGACAACCCUGGUGGUGUAUAUCAUGACUCUGGUGGGCAUGGUGGUAUACACCUUGACCUUGAACCUGGGACACCUGUGGGUAGUGUUCAUCACAGCCGGCACAUUGGGGUAUUUGGGAUCAUCUUCACCAUCAUCCAGGGCCAGAUUAUCGACAACUAUGGAACCAUGCCUGGGAACAUCUUCCUGUGUGUGUUCCUCUUGCUUGGAGCAGUGCUCACUGCAUUCAUCAGGGCAGAUCUCCGGAGGCAAAAAGCAAACAAAGAAACUCCUGAGAUUAAACCCCAGGAGGAGGAGGAGGAGGAGGAGGAGAGCAACACCAGCAAAACGCCAGUCACUGUAUCUGAGGAGCAUCUCUGAGAGAACAUGGUGGUGGCAAUUCAGGGAACACCGAGAACACCACAACCUCGCUAUUCAGCACAGCUUUUACUUCAGUACAAAGGUCUUCACUUGGAGCUUUUGGAGGGAACCAGCUGGGAUAUUUGUGGCUUGGACAGUGGUGCCUGUGCCUCCUGGAACCCCUCAAGAGCUUGGAUGGUUUAGUUUGGGAAAACUGUACCCUUUCAUCAAAUGCAGAUUCAGUCCCCGCACCCUCCCCCUUUUAAGUUAUGGGAACUGAUGUUGAGAGAGGCUGGUGGUGAAUAUUGGAGUCAAAAUCCUGACUUGGUCCCUUGCCUUCCCUCUUCAGCUCCAUCCGUCAUGGAAAAAGCCUGAAAAAUUAUCACAGGAAGAAAGCUUAUUCAGGAUAUAACUUUUUCUAGUGUCUUAAGACCCUCACAGGAAGCCCAGUUCUAAGGACUGACAGCUGCUGUGGCUGACAGUCAUUCCUGGGUCAUUAGACUGCUAAAGUUCUGUGGGAGGGAAAGCACCCUGAAACCAACUCCUUUGGAACUCUUCGGCCUAGAUUCUCUUGGCCUAAUAUUGGGGUCUGUCUCUAAACCCUCUUUCCUAAGAGCUGAUCAAACCAAACAUCAAUAAACUUGACAAAACUUUGA